UGCGCAGCACAUCUACCAACAGCACUAGUGGUGCAAAAGCGGGGCUUCGCGACCGACGCCGCUAUUUCUCAUGUGUGCAAUGUAUGAGUGGAUUUAGGGACAUUACAGGGAAAUCAUGAAUGGCAGUAAUAGAUUGGCAGCAGAGAAACAGAAGAUAGUCCAGGAGAAAUGUUUGGCCAUACUCACAGGAAUGCUGAAGGAUGAUGACAACAAGUACUGUGUUGACUGUGAUGCCAAAGGUCCUCGCUGGGCCUCCUGGAACCUUGGCGUCUUCCUCUGCAUUCGGUGCGCGGGCAUCCACAGGAACCUGGGUGUGCACAUCUCCAAGGUCAAGUCAGUCAACCUGGACACAUGGAAGCCAGAGCAGGCAGUGGCGCUCCAGCAGAUGGGCAACAGCCGGGCGCGCGCCGUGUACGAGGCCAACCUGCCGGACAACUUCCGCCGGCCGCAGACGGACUCGGCGCUCGAGUCGUUCAUCCGCGCCAAGUACGAGCACAACAAGUACACGGCGCGCGAGUGGGUGCCGCCCCGGCUACCCAAGGUGAACUGGGACGCUGAGAUUGACGCCAUGAUCAGGGACCAAAAGCACAGGAAGGGCUCGCGCGGCCGGGUGGAGAGUCCGGCGCCGCUGCUGACCAAGCCGCUGGCGGCGCCCUCUCCCGUG